AUGGCGGGGCGGCGGCGGGCGCUGCUGCUGCGCUGCCUCCUGCUGGGGCUGCUGGGCGUGGGCGGCGGGGGCCAGCCCGGCGGCGGCGAGUACUGCCACGGCUGGGUGGACGGGCAGGGCGGCUACCACGAGGGCUUCCAGUGCCCCGAGGGCUUCGAUACGGCGGCCGCCACCAUCUGCUGCGGCUCCUGCGCCCUGCGCUACUGCUGCGCCGCCGCCGAAGCCCGCCUGGAGCAGGGCGGCUGCACCAACGACCGGGAGCCCCCGGACCCGGGAGUCACCGCCCAACCCAUCUACGUUCCAUUCCUCAUUGUUGGAUCAAUGUUUAUUGCCUUCAUUAUCGUGGGCUCUCUGGUAGCGGUUUAUUGCUGCACGUGCUUAAGACCUAAGCAGCCAUCGCAGCCGAUACGCUUUUCUCUGCGGAGCUAUCAGACCGAGACUCUUCCCAUGAUCCUGGCCUCGACAAGCUUCAGGACACCGUCGAGACAGUCCAGUACGGCGACAAGUUCCAGUUCGACCGGCGGCUCGGUUCGUAGGUUCUCCUUUCCCCGGGCAGAUCCCGGGUGCCUUGUGGCUUCGCCACCUCCACCGUACACGUCAGGCUGUUUCCAGGCAACACAUGCAGUCCACCUGACCCAGCCGUCGGGAUUUCUGGUGUCACCACCGUACUUCGGGUAUCCUCUCCAGCCAGAGCCUGCCCAGGCUGGGAAGAGCUGCUCUGAUUUUAGUCAGAGCUGAGAGGAGUUGUCAAGAAAUAGCAGCCUUCUGAAGCUGCUGCUGCCGGGGGACACGCUGACAUACCCUGGGGUUGCCGAAGUCAGAACCACUACCCUGGGUGAGUUGCCCUCGAGAAGUGCAAGGUUUUCAUUCGGGAUCACCUUUCCCGAGCUUGGAUCAUACUUAGAAAUGAACUGUGAGGUCUUCCAAACAUAGUUGCUCUAAAAACUGACCACCCUGAACGUGUUCAGAGACAAGUAGAAAAAACAUACUGGGAGAAAGGUACUAAUUUAAUAGUGUUACAAAUGAGAUUUUAACCCUAAAUGUUAUGAACUUGCAUUCCACUGAUAAUAAUCAGACUACUAAUAUAAAGCAGCAAUAAACCUGAGAAGUAAGACAGGAGUAAUAUUAGCUAAAAGUUUGCAGAUCCUGAAAACAGCUGACUGCUUCCCACUUCCAUGAGCAAUGAAAAUAAAAGGAAGAAUUUUACUAUAGAGAUUGAAGUGCAUGGGUUUUUUAAAAUACACGUAAUAUGCCUGCACUUACACUGCAUAUUUGUAUUAGUAAACUUUUAACUACGAUAGGCAAAACUAGUACUCAUUAGGCUAGUUGAAAAUGUGCCAAUCCCAAGCAGCCAAAUAAUUAUAUAUGAGAAAAACAGAAUAUAUUCUGUAGUAUCACUAAUAACUUCUUUUUAAAUUCUGAAAAGGGAGUUGUAUUAAAGCAUUUCUCAGAAAGUAUUUAUUGUUGGCUUUUUGCUCAGCAACCUGUAAGCUGGACAAACUGAUUGCAAAGUUCUAUUUGUAAAAUUAGCCAUGUAUAAAAUGUAAAGCUUGUAAUUUAAAAUGUAUUUACAGCACUGACAACACCAAUUAUUUAGUUGUCACACAGACAAUAUUAUCAAUAAACUGUGUGGUUGGAACAUUGUGUCAUCUGUAUGUCUCUGUGCAGACACUGUUUGAUGAGCAAGUUUUCAUUUUGAUGAUGUAACUAUACUGUAUUUUUUCCUGUUAAAAUAGUUAACUUUGCUUUUGUAGAUCAUUUGUAUCUUUUAACUGUGCACCUGUUGUGCAGAUUUAAUAUAAUACAAAAUUCUGACUAAUAGAGUAAUUAAUGUCUUUUGUAUGUAGCUAUGGCAAAAAUGUGGUAAAAUCUAUGCUGAUUAGUUGGGUAUUUUAAUUUAAAACAUCCUGCCCCAAGAAUAAAUUUUGUUUGCCCUUCUACAUUCCUUCACCCAAGUAAACUAAUAAACCAAAUGGAAGGAAAAAAUGCUUCUAAACCAAACAUAACAGCAAGCAAAUGGAAAAUACACAAGAAGAAAAUGCAGUCGUUAAAGGGCUUCUCUGUGUACUUAUUUUUGUGAACAAACAAAGUCCUUCUGUGUGUCAGAAUCUACAGUAUCAGAGGCUGAACUUAUUUAUUUUAUCAGCUGCAAACUCCCUGUGUACAGGACCUGUUGA